UUCUGAUUCAAGGAGGCGCAGUGGCAUCAUCUGCUCCCGCACCUUUUCGCUUCAGAAGAGUUGCUUUGGUGCUUCCGUUGCCAGGAUCCACUGUGCUGAAACUUCUAUUGGGCAGCACGUCACUCACUCUCAAGCGGUGCCUGUCUUUGUUCAUCUACUCCCGCCACCCCUCUGCCAACAAAAUCCUAGAAAACACAUCAUCUAACACCACCUACAUCACCACUACUUGCAGCAGCAAAACGUGGAUUUUUAGACGUUUACAUCGAUAUCAGUUGAAUCUCGCCUUCGCAGAAUCUACAAAACAUCGCAGAUUGGAGCAACAGAGAAAAGCGAUAUCAAAUAGCCACAAUGGCUCCGCUCGUCUCUGAUCAGCUGGAGAAACGCCAGUCCUGUCCUUCAGGGUACUAUUACGACAGGGGUUACUGCUACCGCAACAGCGCCUGGAGCUGGUGGGGACGAUGGGUAUUCGCAGGUCUCGCCGUUCUCUUCGUUCUUUUGGUGUUUGCGCUUCUCUUCCGUAACUCACGCCGCAGAAGAAAGCAAGGCGCCCGACCACUCUACGGCACCGGCUGGAUGGCACCCGCACCGCAGUACUACCCACCUCCUCCUCAGUACACCCCUCAAGACCAGAAUCCCGCUCCUCCAGGCGGGUACAAGUACAACGGGAACGAUGGGUAUUAUGGCAAUCCUCAAGCUGGAAGCAGUCAAUAUGGCAGCCCGGGUCCUUAUGGUAACCAGGCGACGAGCCCCUACGGUCAGCAAGAGGGCAUUCAGCUUCAGCAACCCGAGCACGCUUAUCACCGUGGAGGUGACGCCGAUUAUGCCCCUCCUCCCGGACCUCCGCCCAAUGCCGCCACCAAGCCUUAAAUGGCUAAAAUCCUGGUUUCGCAUCUUUGUUUGUCAGAUGCUGGGAGGAAUGAGUUCUUGAUUAUGGCGUUCAGGAUGGGUUGGGUAAGGGAUGUAGUUACACAUUCCUGAGACAGGGUUUUUACGUUUGGAAAAGGGAGAUGAUGGAAGGGAAGAUUCAAGACGAUCCCUUGUGGGAUACCCCGUUUAUGAUGGCAAAACUUUCCUUUUUUGUUGUUCAACUACGCAGUACGCUGUUUUUUAGAGGUACACUAAUUAAUGCAUGAUAUGGGUUGACGAGCCUCACAUAUGUUGUCGUGAUAUCA